AUGACACAUACUGCAACUCCUAACAUGCAAUAUGUGCCGCAAGUAUAUGUAGCGGAAGCUCAACCUUUUGUUACUCCAAUGCCAACCAUGUCAGAAGUCGAUCCAUAUAAAGAGAUGGAGAGAAAGGACAGAUCAAAAACAGAUCAAAGUGUAGCUAGGGAGAUUCGUAAUUUGAAAGAAGCAUUCAAAAGUAUCCAAGUUCACAAAGGAUGUGAAGGGCUUGAGUAUGAGGAUUUAUGUGUUCAUCUCGAUGUUGAGUUGCCUGUAGGAUAUAAGGUACCAAAAUUUGAUGUGUUUGAUGGGAAGGGAAAUCCUCGAGCCCAUUUAAGAUCAUAUUGUCACAAGCUAGUCGGAGUGGGGAAAGAUGAGGCUAUUAGGAUAAAGUUAUUUAUAAGGAGUUUAACAAGAGAAGCCCUGGACUUGUACACAAGUCAGGAUCCAAAGAAAUGGUGUAGCUGGAGUAUCAUGGCAUAUGAGUUCAUGGAUAGGUUUAAGUUCAACACUGAGGCUAUACCAGAUAGGUUCUAUUUGAUGAAAUUAGAAAAAAAGUCGAUAGAGUCUUUCAGGAAAUAUGCCAUGAGGUGGAGAGCAGACGCUGCAAAAGUUCAACCUCCGAUGAUGGAAAGCGAAAUGACCACUCUUUUCAUACAAUCUCAAAAGGAUGCUACAUAUUAUGAAAAGAUGAUAAGCGUGGUAGGAAAAAAGUUCUUCCAAGUUAUAAGGAUGAGAGAAUUCAUUGAAGAAGGUAUUAAAACUGGGAGAAUCACUAAUUUGACAGCCUUGCAAGCAACAAGUAGGGCGAUUCAGUCAGAUUCAAUUGGAGGAGCCUUUAAGAAAAAGAAGGACGGAGUGUCCGCUGUCAUGACUAUCCAGGAACGUAGGCCAAACCAAAUGUUAACAUACCAAAACCCCUUACCCCAACCUUUAUACUAUAGUCAGUAUACCCAAGUUCCUCAACCGUAUUACCAGCCUUCUGCCGCCCCUUACCCAGUUUACACCACUCAACCAAUAUAUUAUCCACCCAGAGCACCUACUUAUCCAAAUCUCUCACAAUACCAACCUUCAUACCCGCCUCAAUUCCACUAUCAAUCACAAAAUUGCCCAUCAAAUCCACCCAGACCUCGCCCAAAUUUUGAAAGAAGACCAGUCAAAACCUAUACACCUUUAGCCGAACCUUUAUCCCAACUAUAUAAAAGAUUGAGAACCACAAUGAUACUCCAACCCAUCCAAGAACGAAUUCCCAAUCCCCUUCGAGGAUGGUACGAUGGAACUAAGCAUUGUGCUUAUCACUCUAGAAUUGCUGGACACGACACCGAAAAUUGUUUUACUCUUAAAGAUAAGAUUGAGGCGUUGAUCAAAGAAGGAGUCAUUCAACUCAAAGGUGUUGCCCCUAAUGUAAAUAAAAAUCCUUUGCCAAACCAUGGGAGUGUGAAUAUGAUCACCAUUGAUGAAGAAUGUAAUUUGGAAGGGAUCAUUGUGCCAGUCAAAGAACAUAAAAAUGUCAUGACAUCAGCCUUUAUUGCUCCCAUUAUCAUAAUCCAAGCGCGAGCGCCAUUUGAAGUGGAAGUUCUGGUUCCUAAACCUAAGAUUACGGCUUUGAUUGUUCAAUCAACUCUUUUUGACACUAAAGCGGUUCCCUGGAGUUACUCAACUGACACAAGGGACAGAGGGAAAGGAAGGUUAGUUGUAGAAGUUGCUGCUGCCAGAAUGACAAGAUCUGGGCGAUGUUAUGCCCCUGAAGAUGUUGUACGAGCCGGAUCAAAUAAGGAGAGUAACCAAAAGAGGGUUAUGAAAGAAGCUGAAAUAGAGGAUUUUUGGAGGAAAAUGCCAACAAAAGAAUAUUCUGUUGUUGAACAGUUGAAGAAGACUCCUGCCCAAAUUUCCUUGAUGUCAUUAUUGAUGAGUUCUGAAACUCAUAGGAGCGCUUUGGUGAAAGUUCUAAGUGAAGCUUAUGUUCCGGCCGAGAUCACAAGUGAGAAUCUUUCAGCCAUGGUAGGGCAAGUUUUGGAAGCAAACAAAGUCUGUUUUCAUGAAGAGGAAUUACCAUCUGAAGGUUUGGGACAUAACAAAGAGUUGAACAUAACUGUUAGGUACAGGGACAAGUUUAUUUCUAGAGUUUUGAUUGAUAAUGGUUUAGCUGUCAAUAUCUGUCCUUUCAUUACCCUUCGAGCUUUGGGAAUUGAUAUCGGGAAAAUUCAUGAAAGUCAUGUAAAGGUUAGAGGUUUUGAUGGGACAAAAAGGGGAGUCAUUAGCAAAAUUGAUUUGCCACUGCAAAUUGGACCCGAGGAGUUCGUGGUAGAAUUCCAAGUAUUGGACAUAUCUGCUAGUUACAAUUUAUUGCUUGGGAGGCCUUGGAUCCAUAUGGCUGGUGCGGUCCCUUCUACCCUGCACCAAAAUUUAAAAUUUGUUUGGAACCACCAUGAGAUUAUUGUUCAUGGAGAAGGUAGUAAUUCCAUGUAUCUUGGUAAUUCAAUCCCCGUUGUUGAAAGUAUAGAAGAACUGGAUGGGUUUGUGUUCCAUACUAAAGAGAUUAUGUGUGUCCAUCAAACCGAAAGGGUAAAGUUGCCACAUGUGCUUAUGAUGGUGGCUUGGGAAAUGUUGAAGAAUGGUUUCAUACCUAGUCGAGGUCUUGGAGUGAACUUGGAUGGAAUAGUGGAACCAAUUCAAUUGCCGGGCCAGAAAUACACCUUUGGUUUAGGAUAUGAGCCUACUCCUGAAGAAGUCUCAUUGGCCGAUCUCAAAAGGAAAAGUGACAUUCCAUUGCCCCAUCCCAUCCCGCACUUGAAUCAGUCAUUUUCCAAGGCAUAUAUUAUAAAGGAAUCAGAGAAAGCCGUUGAAGACACCCUCAUGGAAGGACUCAAAAACUUAUUUAUUAAAGAAGUGGAAUGCAACAUGAUCUUGGAGGAUUGUACCGAGAUUUCGACCAUAUGGGAUGUGGAGCCUGGAGAUGCUUUGAACAAUUGGACUUGUAACCCGUCCCCGUUUCCUCGGGAAUCUUGGUAG